AUGACUAUAACUACCGGCUUUUUUGCUAACCGUGCGUGGAACACCAUCAUACCUAUAUAUCCGGAAAAUUAUAUCUCUUUAUUUAUAUUGGGAUUCUCUACAUUAUCAUUUCUAAUAAUAUUUCUAAUACCUAAACACCAUGUGUGUAAAAGAACUGCAAAAUUUCCAUUGCCAAGUCAAAAAUUAUGGAAUGUGGUUACCGACUUUAGUUCUUAUCCACGUUGGCGUUCAACUUUAACAAAGAUUGAGACCAGUCCCCACGGACACAUACCUCCUGAUGGUUUUGAAUGGUUCCGAGAACUCACUCCUUAUGGAAGCAUAAAGUAUCGCGUAAUUGAACGAUACGAAGGUAAAAUGUUUAAACAAGAGAUCGUACGUGAAAAAGGAGUCCAUCUAAGUGGUAGUUGGAUAAUUGAAUUCGAAUCGAUUGGCAAAGAAUCUACUCAGAUAACAAUUACCGAACAAGUCACCAUUCACAAGGCAAUACCAAACAUAAUAGGAUUUUUGAAUGGACAUAAUAGAAAUAUCGACCAAUUUCUAACUGAUCUUGCAAAUAAAUUUGAACAAGUGGUCGUGUUGAAAGAUGUUAUUGACACACAAAAAUAA